CACCUGCCCACAGGGAUGCCCUGAGUGACCAAGUCUGGUCCUUCGGCAGGAAGAGGACAGCAGCCCAGCAACAGGCUCAUAUCUGUUGAACAGCUGGACAUCAUUAAAAGAAGGCAUCUGCGGUCAUAAGCACAUCCCCUAGGGUGCAGGGCCAUCAUGCCGUUGCUCAUCGGUAGUGCCAAUCGCCAAGUAGUAGGUUUUGCAGUAGCCACCAUCGGAUGGAUUCUUGAUACCACUGCUAUGGGCCUGGUAGAGUGGCGAGUUUGGUAUAUGGACAACACCUCACUCUCCUCAUUUGAUGUAGCCUGUGUGGGAAUGUGGAGACUUUGCGUUUUCCAUCACACCAGCAACAACAGCAGAGCCAGCACAUGUCACCAUUACAGAUACCAUGAAACUUACCUACCUCUGGAUAUCCAUGUUUUGCAAAACCUCCUGCUGCUUGCCAGUAUUCUAGGGCUCUGGGGCAAAGCCUCCAUUAUCUUUGUGCUUAGAAAUGUGUACAUGGGAAUUCUUCAGAAGAAUGCCACCUGCAAUCCAUUUGUCACUUCAGGCAUUCUCAACAUAGCUGCUGGUAUCUGUAUCUCAAUUGCUGUCUUCUGGAAUUACCACUCUGUGAUGAAUGAAGAGGGUAUUGUCUUCCCACCAUCUUUCAAUAUACCCUUCAAGCCAGACACUCAGAGAAUUGGCAGUGCUGUUCUAGUGGCGUGUCUGGCUGGCUUCAUGAUGUUGUUAAGUGGGUUAUUUUUCCUCUCUUACAAAUUUCCCCUGGAUAGCCAAGUGCAUCCUGAAGUUUCAGAAAUGUAAAAUUCUUGGUUCAUUGACUUUGUAAAUCCAAGAUUACCAGUUUUGUAGGACGUACUACCAGGAUGCUCUGUCAAACAUUUCAGAGCGCUCAGGACCAUGGCAAAUGAGUUUUGGGUAGAAAGUCUGAAUUUGGUUCAUUGAUUCAAUUAUUGUGUAAUAAAUAAUACUAUAAACCUAGGGUAUGGAAAUAGAGUUUCUGAAAUUCUCACAUCUUCCUCUUACAUUUUUACUAAAAACAACAGACAUUUCCUAUAGCAUGGUAAUUACAUUAUUUAUCGUAGAAUAUUUUCCAAAAUGUGCAAAAGUAGAGAAAAUACUUCAAGGAUUUCUCCCAUAGCCAUUACUAGACUCAACAGUUAUCAAAAUUCUUUGAUAUUAGCUUUAUCCUAUCUUGCCUUCUUUAAGCUUUUCUUUUUCCAGAAGAUUGUAAAGUGACAUCAUGUCCCCUCAUCCUAACAAAUAAGCCAUUUCCUUGCCUAACCAUUAACCAUUUCCUUGCUGAAAGAACAUUAACAGUUAUUCCUUGUUAUCAAAUAUUUAGUUUUUAAAUGAUUCAAAAUA